AUGGAAGGAAAUCUCAGUGUGUAUCUUUUUGACUUAGGAAGUAACAUAGGAAAGAGUGAUCUGAAGGUGCCGUUCCCGACACAGAGGCAAGCAGAGAUAGCUCACACGACGCUCAGUGUGGAUGAGGAACCUCGCCGGGGAGGAGUCAGACGAACACUCUCUCUGAAGGGGAACAUCCUGAAUGUGAUGUUCGAGGCACCAGAGGCAAGGAAACUGCGAGUCAGUGUCAACUCUUUCAUGGAUCAUCUCAUCCUGGUGACACAGACUCUUGACAUGUUCGGACCUCCCAGCUGAUGAAAGACAGUUUAUGUACAGAUUCACUCAUCUCAUCUCCUCCAUAAAGAUAACCUGUGAUGCAGUUGACAAGGACAUGACGUGCAGUAUCAUCACCACUGUAUAUAUCACCUCCUGUCAUGAUACCCGUGAAGAUCCGGGUUAGAAUUGAUCUUCCGUAACCCGCGCUUGUCGUAAGAGGCGACUAAUGGGAUCAGGAGGUCAGGCUCGCUGACGUGGUUGACACAUGUCAUCGGU